GCUCUUUAAAAAUAAAAAAAAAUUAUUAAAGCCCUUGUCGGAGCGGACUGACACACGGAAAAGAAAAUUCUCGGAAAUAUUAUCUUCAUCGAAAGAGCUUCUUACUUUACACAUUUUCCGGAGAGACAAACAAAGCUCAAACUCAAAUUUUCUUCACUCUUUUCUUUUUCACUUUACUCUUUCUUUGAUGAUUUAAAACGUCUCCGUUUUAAGUGAUAGCUUAAGCUUCAUCUCGGCUUUUCCUUUUAUCUAUUUUUGCUUCGACUGUAAGUUGCUUUCGUCUCAUCUUGUUUUACCUUUUUCUAGGGUUUCAUUUCCCUUUUUUCUUGGCUAUUAUCUUCAAAGACGAAACUUGGAGCUCAAGCGAAAUACAAAGAAAAAAAGAUUAUAAAAUCUUUGCGGAAUUUAAGAAAAAGGAAUCGAAAGGAUUAUUUCGAGGUUCGGUGGUUUGAAAGAAGUGUUUGGUUCUUGAGAAAAAAAAUUUAAUUUAAUUGAAAUGAGGAAUUCGGGAAUAAUUUAGAAACCAAAAACAAAAACAAAGGUUGUAAAAUUUGCAACUAUGAGUUGCAGAGAAGAAAAAACGGGAAGCGUCGUCGUUUCAAAUGGGUCGACAACGGCUGCUGAAGAGUUGACCAUCGAUCAAAGUUUGCUCAUUGACCCGAAAUUGAUAUUUAUCGGCUCCAAAAUCGGCGAAGGAGCUCAUGGCAAGGUUUACGAAGGAAGGUAUGGUGAUCGGAUUGUUGCCAUUAAAGUUCUUCACCGUGGGAGUACUGUGGAGGAAAGAGCUGCACUUGAGAGUCGUUUUGCUCGUGAGGUUAACAUGAUGUCUCGAGUUAAACACGAGAAUCUUGUCAAGUUCUUUGGAGCUUGUAAGGACCCACUGAUGGCGAUAGUAACUGAACUAUUACCAGGAAUGUCUCUUCGCAAGUAUUUAAUUAGCAUCCGUCCAAAAGUUUUAGACCUUCAUGUGGCUUUGAAUUUUGCACUGGACAUUGCUCGAGCCAUGGAUUGUCUGCAUGCCAAUGGGAUUAUACAUAGAGAUCUAAAGCCUGACAACUUGUUGCUUACAGCAAACCAUAGGUCUGUGAAACUUGCAGAUUUUGGUCUUGCAAGGGAAGAAUCUGUGACAGAGAUGAUGACUGCAGAGACUGGGACUUAUCGCUGGAUGGCCCCUGAGUUGUAUAGCACGGUGACAUUGCGUCAGGGAGAGAAAAAGCAUUACAAUAACAAGGUUGAUGUCUACAGCUUUGGAAUUGUCUUAUGGGAAUUGUUGACCAAUCGCAUGCCAUUUGAAGGCAUGUCCAAUUUGCAGGCAGCUUAUGCUGCUGCUUUUAAGGUUGAUGCCAUGAGUAUGCAGCAAGAGCGACCCGGCCUUCCAGAAGAUAUAUCCCCUGAUCUGGCAUUUAUCAUACAAUCAUGUUGGGUUGAGGACCCUAACAUGAGGCCCAGCUUCAGUCAGAUAAUCCGUAUGCUGAAUGCUUUUCUCUUCACACUUACACCUCCACCAUCCAUACCUGAAUCUGACACCAGCGAGACAGCAGAAACAAGUAACGGAACCAUAACUGAGUUAUCCGUUCGAACAAAGGGGAAAUUUGCUUUCCUUCGCCAACUGUUCAAUGCCAAGAGGACAAGGAACUUACAAUGAGGGUAAAAUUUUGAAAAAGUUACGCCUUGUUCCAACUCAAGAAAGUUGGCAUGUGAUAGUAGAUAUACGUUCUAACUGAACCUCUUAUUAGUUACCUUUAAUGAUGAUUUUGUCAUCAAAUGAAGGAAAUGUAGGAAGGAUGUUGGUGGGGUAACUCCUUGGCAAAAUAAAAGAAAAAUAGAGCACCAUUUACAUCAUCUAGUUGACUUUGUUGUAAAGAAGAUACACGGUUCUGAAAAUUAUCAGUUCAUAUCAAUGUUACCUCCAUCAGAAAAAAGGCUAAUACAGUGCAACAUAGCAAUUUGGUUUUAGCAGUUUUAGUUAAAGU